UGCUGUCUUCUGUGUAUACCUAGGUAUUCAGUGCUUGAUUGAAUUCUUGUAGUCUUCUGUGCUACUAUGAGCUGACAGCGACGUCCGUGUGAUUCUCGAUCUCAGCUCGCUCCUUACCCGAUACUGCGUCCAGCUCUCCCUCUCGACGCAAUGCCUCAGCUACUGAAAAUUGGGGUAUCCCAAUCGCACACACUUUCGUCCCUGCCAGAGACCCUGUCCGCCCUUCGUGAAACCACCCUGUUGGCUGCGCAGAAAGAUUUGUCCAUCCUUCUGUUCCCCGAAGCCUACCUAGGUGGGUAUCCGAGAACAUGUUCCUUCGGCGCAGCUGUCGGAGCACGCACAGAUACCGGGCGUGACCAGUUUCUCGCCUACACUAAGUCUGCGGUGGAUCUAGGGGAUACACCGCAAGGAGCUGGAGAUGACUGGAUCGAACGGAAGCUACCAGUGAGCAAAGAGACGGGCCGAAGAGGGGAUGGCACAAGAGAGUUUCUCGAAGAAGUUGCACGAGAAACAGGUGUGUUUGUCGUCACUGGGCUCAUCGAAAAGGCAGGAGGAAGCCUCUAUUGUGCGGCAGUAUAUGUCGACCCGAAGAGAGGGAUCAUAGGCAAGAGAAGGAAAAUUAUGCCCACAGGUUCGGAGCGGCUGGUAUGGGCACAAGGUCAGCCUUCUACAUUGAAAGCGGUAGCUACCACCAUCAAAGGUGUUAGAGUGGUCAUGGGAUGUGCUAUAUGCUGGGAGAAUUUCAUGCCCCUGUUACGGUACAGUCUCUACAGCCAAGGUGUGAAUUUAUGGUUAGCACCUACGGCGGACGCGAGGGAUACGUGGGAACCGCUGAUGAGGACUGUUGCUGGAGAAGGCCGAUGUUUUGUUCUCUCAACCAACCAAUGUAUGAAGAAGAAGGACCUGCCUACUUGGAUCACAGGCAAUCCAAGCGAGUGGUUGUCGAGACGGCCGAAGCCCGAGUCGGAGACGUUUAUGAAUGGCAUUAUUUCUCCAAACCACCACAUCGCGACUGGUGGCCGGAGGCUCUCCAUGACCCGCACGGAAGAAAACCACGAGAUAGCAUGGCGCUGCAAAGACGCCCCGAUCGACGAAAGCAAGCCUCUCGAGUCUUCCAAACUGGAGCUGAAUGCUAACGCUUCCUCCUUGCACAAUGAUGGCGAAGAUUUCGUCUCCCGAGGUGGCGCCUGCAUCGUGAACCCGCUCGGUCGAACCAUCGCAGGGCCGAUUUGGGAGAAAGACAACGAACUCUUGUGGGCAGAAGUCGACUUCGACGAUUGCGAGAGGGGCCAUCUGGAUUUUGACGCCACGGGCCAUUAUGCACGCCCGGACGCGUUCAAGUUGACUGUUGAGGGGCUGGAAUUGAUCCCGCCCCCUUGAACCAGACAUGUAAUCCAGAUAGCAAAGAAACAUGAAACAAAAAUGAG